CCGCGGCCGGCUCCCGCCUCAGGAUGACCGCCAAGGCGGCCGACAAAAUCCCCGUCACUCUGAGCGGUCUAGUGCACCUGCCCGACAGCCUUUACCCCGCCGCGGAGGACGUCGCCAACGCCCUGCCAGCGUCGGUUAUCAGCUUUCCCAGUGGGGACCUGGGAGGACCCUUUGACCAGCUGAGCGGGCUCCUGGGCGAUGGCCUGAUCGGCACGGACAUGAGUGACAAACGAGCGCUGGAGUUGCAAUAUGCCUGCAGUGGUUUCGCGCCGCCUCCGCGCAGCCAGUCCUUCACCUACAUGGGCAAGUUCUCCAUCGACCCUCAGUAUCCCGGCGCAGGCUGCUACGCGGCCGACGGCAUCCUCAACUUAGUGAGCGCCGGCAUCCUGCAGGGAGUGGCUGCUUCCUCGACUGCAGCCCCGGCCUCCGCGUCGGCCGUUCCGUCGUCCACCGCCUCCGCCGGAUCCCCCAGCGCGCCAGGAUGCGCCUUGGCGCUCGCCGCGGGAGACCUGGAGCAUCUCUACUCGCCGCCGCCGCCGCCGCCUUACUCCGCGUGCGGAGAGCUCUACCAGCCCCCGCUUCAGCAGCCGGCGCCGUCGGACGGCUCCUCGCCUUUCCUGGCCGCUUCCACCGGCCCUUAUCCCCCGCCACCUUCCUACCACCCCUCUCCCAAGACCGUGACGUCCGCGGGGCCCGACGCCACCGGCCUCUUCUCCAUGAUCCCGGAGUACGCGGGCUUCUUCCAGCCGCCGCCGCCGCCGUGCAGCCAGCGCGAGUUCCACGGCCCAGCGGAGCGCAAGCCCUUUCCCUGCGCGCUGGAUUCGGUGCGCGUCCCGCCACCACUCACGCCGCUCUCCACCAUCCGCAACUUCACGCUGGGCGCGCCCCCGAGCGGACUGAGCGAAGGGCCUGCCUCGGGGACAGCGAUCGGCGCGCGCCUGGCGCCUGGAGCCUACGGGGGGCCGGGCAAUCUGCCACUGCGCCCCAUCCUGCGGCCGCGCAAGUACCCGAACAGACCCAGCAAGACUCCGGUGCACGAGCGGCCGUACCCGUGCCCGGCCGAGGGCUGCGACCGACGCUUCUCGCGCUCCGACGAACUGACGCGGCACAUCCGCAUCCACACCGGCCACAAGCCCUUCCAGUGCCGCAUCUGCAUGCGCAACUUCAGCCGCAGCGACCACCUCACCACGCACAUUCGCACGCACACCGGCGAGAAGCCCUUCGCCUGCGACUUUUGCGGCAGGAAGUUCGCCCGCAGCGAUGAGCGCAAGCGCCACACCAAGAUCCACCUGCGCCAGAAGGAGCGCAAGGUAGCCAGCGCUGCCGCCACCGCCGCCGCCGGGGGCCCCCAGCCUGCUGCCGGCCUCGGCGCAGCCGGUCUGCCUUCGUGCGCCGCUCGGACGCGGACGCCCUGA